CAACUGUAUACCGUCUGACGGUGUGGCUGCAUACAGCCGGCCACUUUGUGCUGAGCGUCGAGGGCGCAGUCGUCGAGCAUCGUCGGGGCUGCAGGCCAUCCGUGUGCGCGGCUGCGUGGGGAACGCGCGAGUCCUUUGAACAGGAACGUGCCGAUCGAAAGGCCAAUGUCGGCAUGGUGUUUCACAAGUGGCAGCCCUUCUGCGGCCUGACUACGGCGAACAAAGCGGUGCUCUUCAUCGCCACUGUCUCAGGAACGCUUUCGCUGGCCGGAUCCCUGGCUGCCUUUCUACGAAUUUUGGUGGCCUCGAGCGACAGUCGCAUCAUUCCUGACUACCAAGGAACAGUGAAAGUGAAUACAAUGUUAUUCCUCUUUCCUGGUAUAUACUGUCUCUUGAGAACUUCUACCUGUAUCCUUCUCAUCUGGGGAUCGAAGAUCGAGCGUGCCCAGCUCGUGCUUCCCUGGAUAGUCACGGGAAUCGUUGACCUGGUGCUCUGCGUUGUCGGCAUGGUCGUGCUUGGAAUCGCAGCUACGCAGAAUGGUGCCCAGAUCUUCGGACAAGACAAUGCCGAGUGGUUCGCCGGUGGAGCUGGGCUCUGCGCUUUGCUUUUCAUCUUAAUGGUGUACUUUGUGAUCUGCGUGAUGUCAUACUUCGAAGACCUUCUCAAGAAACCCAAUACAAACUUCUUCAAGAGUUCCAGGUGGAACUCAGUGAUGCACGAAUGGGGCCACAAGGAGGCCUCGGUCGGCGCCACCGUGAACACGGCCUUUGAGUCGGCCUGAACUGUGCAGACUGCUUGCACGCUGUGGGAAUCUCAUGUGGCGGAGGGACGCAGGCUGCCACGAAAUAUCGUCCAUCGUUUGUCAACCUCGACCCUUGCAGAUUGUUGAAUGCGGGAGGUCGCGCAUGCGUUUUUUUAAAUAAGUAUAAUGAAAGGCAUUCUUCACAACCAU